GCCGCAGCAGCAGCAGCAGCAGGAGCCGCAGCGGCAGCAGCAGUGUGCGGCAGUCUGCAGGACAGGAGGCGCACGGCACGGCCCGGCCCGGGACCCUCUCCCCGCUCACCAUGGAGUUUUUAAUGGGAAAUCCGUUCAGCACGCCGGUGGGACAGCUCAUCGAGCGUGCGACCAGUGCCAGUUUACCGUCUGACGACUGGGAGCUGAACAUGGAAAUCUGUGACAUGGUCAACAGCUCGGAGGAAGGACCCAGAGAUGCCGUCAGAGCCAUUAAGAAGAGGAUUGUGGGAAACAAGAACUUCAAGGAGGUCAUGCUGACACUUACUGUUCUGGAGACUUGUGUGAAGAACUGCGGCUACCGGUUUCACAUCCUGGUGACGACACGAGACUUCAUCGAGGGAGUUUUGGUCCGGUCCAUCAUCCCGAGGAACAACCCUCCGUUAGUCCUGCACGACAGAGUGCUGAGCAUCAUACAGGCGUGGGCCGACGCAUUCCGCAGCUCGCCCGACCUGACGGGCGUGGUGUCGGUGUAUGAAGACCUGCGCAGGAAGGGCCUGGAAUUCCCCAUGACUGAGCUGGAUGGCUACACACCAGCUCAGUCCACUAAGAAGGCUGUGUCUGGGAAUGGGCCUGCUGUAACCACUCUGCCUUCUCUGCGUCUGUCUUCCAAACCGCCGCUUAUCCCGCCUCAGACCUCUGAGUUAAAAAUGGCCCUUGAGGGAAACAAUGCCUUGACUCCCAGCCAGGUGAAAAUGCUGAAGACGGAGCUGGGAGUGGUGCGGAGUAACCUCACCAUGAUGUCCGACAUGAUGAGCCAGCUGGAUCCCGUCACGGUCAAACAGGCGGACAUGGAGCUGCUGGAGCAGUUAUACACAGUUUGUAAGGAAAUGCAGGACAGGAUAGUGAAGAUCGUCCCCAAACUCAGCGAGGAGAAGCUCAUCGAGGAGCUGCUGGCAACUAACGAUGAGAUGAACACCACUUUCACACGCUACCAAAGGUUUGAACGGCGGCUAACAAAUGGUCAAAACACAACACAGAAGAAUCACACCUACGUCAACCUGGCGGACCUCGAUUGGAAGAGCGACGCCGUCAGCCAAUCAGGGCUCACGCUGGGGACGAGCGACAGCUCGCUCAGCCUGUCAAAAGCCGACAGUUUAUCCAGUCAGAUGGCAAAACUUAGUACAAGUGAAUCUGAUGACACAUUAUCACAGCAGAUCAAUAACUCAGCCCAACACAAAACAAGCGAUCAGAGUGAAGUGGACGGUCUGGCUCGAGCUCAGGACAGAGUACGAAACCCUGGAACGGAUGAGAGUCCGGCCUCGUCCCACAACUCCUCACCAAAGUUAGAUUGGAUGAUUAAGCGGGGAAUGAUUCCCAUCAAUCAGUCCAAUGUAAUGGACGAUAUCGAGAAGUGGCUUGCUUUGGAUGACGAGUAUGACGACUUCGAGGACACUGAUGGUGUGACCAGUGAAGAGUUUGACAAGUUUUUGGCAGAAAGAGCCAAAGCAGCAGAUCGCCUACCAUCGCUGAGGACUUCCUCAGAGGACGCCAACCACUCAGAGUCUUAAUCCGCUCCAAAACCUGCCAGACUAACACGACUCAUGAAGCUCCUGCACACACAGGCUGGAAAAACACACACACACUGAGGCGGCUACACGCUGUGCGAUUUUUGGCCAUUAUAGAUGAAUGAUGGGAAAUCAUGGCGAUGUCUUCGAUCGUGACUUCUAAUCUGUGAUCAUAUAUUGGAACGUGAAGGCAGUUCAUCUAGAGAUUUUACUAAAAUACAGAAGAAAACGAUGCUCAAAGUGACAGUUCGGGCUGCACAAUAUCAGGUCAACAUGUCAUAAUCCUGUAUUCAAAUGACAAAAUUGCAAUCAAUACACACAUUUAAGCAUAGAAUAAAUAAUGAUAUUUGAGAUUUGUUGAAAACCAGUGUUAUUUCUCUUUCCUCUAAUUCAUAAUAGCUCUCCCACGUUUUGGGCUACAUGUACCUUCUGUAGGACAGUAGACUUAAUCUGAUUAAUCAAACAUGUUAAGAUGCAGAACAUGCAUGCACAGUGUAUCGAAACAUUACAGCUCAGUGUUUUGCAACAUGUGAAGUGUUUAAUUUGAUAUUGCUGUAAUGUGAGAUUUUGCAAUAUAUUGUGCAGCCCUAAAAGCAAUAGUUUGCAGAUUUCCCAUGGAGUAAAACGUUGGACCAUGUCCACAUUCCCUGGACCUAAGUGUAGCUUUAUAUUCAGUGUUAGCUUCUGUUAUUUC